UUGUCUUUUUCUUUAGCUGAAUUCGUUUUCGAACACAUUUUUCAACUUUAAUUCAACGCAUCGUGCAAAUUUUGUAGUCAUUCUGUUCAUAGCCUGUGUGAAUUUAAUAUCGUUGUUCGUCAGUGCUGCGUUUAACUUUUUUUUUUGUACAUUUUUUUGAUAUCAAAUCUGGAGCGACAAUUGGCAUUAAAUAUGCUUAGUAAAAUAAGAACACCACUCCGUGAUAUAACGAUCGAGGCGUUCGGUAGAGGUGUAAAUUGCAACCCAAAUGAAGUCGGACAAGACAAACGCCACGUCCCACAUCAUGUGGCUCAGGUUAAGAACGACAGCAUCGAUGGUGAACAGCAUCACGCCACACCAGAAGUGGCUGGUUCAAUGUUGGACCUUGUGUUGGACAUAAAUCGCCAGUUAAACGAAACAAGCAAUGCAAACGCAAUCGAAGUCGAACAAGACCAAUCUUACUGCAUCCCAGAUCCAGUAGAGGACCACAGCGUCGAUGGUGAACAAAGUCACAUCACAACGGAUGUGUCUGGUACUGGUUUGAAGUUGGGCAUGAAACGCAAAUUACUGGAGCCAACUUCCAGCACCAAUUUGGAGGAAAAACGGAUCAAAGUUCUACAACAUCCUGAUUGGGCGACAAAUUCACUUGGCUUCGAUGUGGCUAACAAUGUAAGCCCAAACCAAGCAGAACGAGAAACGAAUGAGAGUCGAUUCACGUGCGAACGCUGUAAUAAGAGUCUCGCCAGCCGCUACAAGAAACAACAUAAGCAAAGUUGUAGUCUUAAGUACUAUCAGUGUCCAUGGUGUAACUUCCAGCCAAAAAGUGGAAGACCAUCUUUUGUAAAACGCCACAUGGUUGCAUGUAAGGCCAAGGUCACAAAUGAAGCCAAAGAAGACUCAAGCGUACUGGGUGAUGUUCCGGCUAUUCCGAAUGUUGCACCACGUGCUGCUGAUCCAUCAGAGUCUAACAUGAAUAAAGUUUAUUCGGUCGAACGUUUAAGUGGAAUGGAUGAAGACGCCACUGUACCGGAUGACGUUCUGGUAGUUUCGAAUGUUGCACCAACCACAGAUGGUGCCGCUGCGCCAUCAGAUCCGAACAAGAGUCAAGUUGUUGUUGCAGCUCCAAACAUUUUUCCGUUGAAAUGCGAUCAAUGCAAUACGAGUUUGAUGCUUCACAUCCAAUUAGUAUAGACGAAGCACAAUUUUCUCAUCUACAUCGACACUUGCAUUAUGUAAAAAUCAUUUUUUUUUGUGAUUAAUAAAUGAUACUCAGUGAGUAAUAUUGUACUCAAAUUGAAA